UACAUUUAUUUCAUUUUAUUUCAGGGUACAUCUAGGGAGGACAUGGAAAAGAAAAAUGUGACGUUGCUGACUGAAUUUGUUCUCACAGGACUUAUAGAUCGGCAAGGACUGAAGGUCCCAUUGUUCUUGCUGUUCUUGAUGAUAUACCUCAUCACCAUUGUGGGGAAUCUUGGUCUGAUUGCUCUCAUCUGGAAUGACCCUCACCUUCACAUCCCCAUGUACUUGUUCCUGGGGAGUUUAGCAUUUGUAGAUGCUUGGAUAUCAUCCACUGUGACCCCCAAUAUGUUGGUCAACUUGUUAGCCAAGAGCAAAUCAAUAUCCCUCUCUGAAUGCAUGAUACAAUUUUUUGCCUUUGCAUUUGGUGGAACUACAGAAUGCUUUCUCUUAGGAACAAUGGCUUAUGAUCGCUAUGUAGCAAUAUGCAAACCAUUGCUUUAUCCAGUAAUUAUGACCAAUAGACUAUGCAUCCGACUAUUAGUCUUAUCAUUUGUAGGUGGCUUUCUUCAUUCCCUAAUUUAUGAAGGAUUUUUAUUCAGAUUAACCUUUUGUAAUUCUAACAUAAUACAUCACUUUUAUUGUGACAUUAUACCAUUGUUUAAGAUUUCCUAUGACCCUUCUAUUAAUUUUCUAAUGGUAUUUAUUUUGUCUGGCUCAAUUCAAGUAUUCACCAUUGUGAUUGUUCUGGUUUCUUAUACACUAGUUCUCUUUACAGUUUUAAAAAAGAAGUCUGUCAAAGGCAUGAGGAAAGCCUUCUCCACCUGUGGAGCCCAUCUCUUAUCUGUGUCUUUAUACUAUGGUCCUCUUCUCUGCAUGUAUGUUCUCCCUAAAUCUCAACAAGCAGAUAAUGGUAUGAUGGACUCUUUAUUUUACACAGUCAUAAUCCCUGUGAUAAAUCCAAUUAUCUACAGCCUGAGAAAUAAGCAAGUCAUGGAUUCACUGACAAAAAUACUGAAGAAAAAUAUUUAG